AGGAACACACCAUAAAGUGAACUUGCAGCAAGCCUUAAGAGGCAAACUUAACACCCAUUCUAACAUUUGCAUUACGAUACAUUAUAGCUUACAAUUAUAAACAUCACCUGAUAAAUUCUCGAUCAUGGUAAACCAUCUCAAGCAGUUCUAAUAACGGAUUCAUCUGAUUCAGCAGUGAAGCGCCAAGGGGUCCCUGCGGGCAUCCAUUCUUGUCGUUGUAAUGAAGUCUUGUCUCACGAUCGAACGAUCUGUUUUUUCGGUUUUAUGUCAUUGAGGGGCGUUUCAUGAUUUCGGAAGAAGGGAAGGUUUACGUAAAGACACGUAGAACUUCUGAACCUCCGAGCUGGUUUGAAGGCGGCACAAAACCAAAUUAUGAUGAUGUCACACAUGUUGGCUUGUACACUACCCCAUGGUCUCCAGCUCGAGACUCCAGGCAAAUCCGACCCCUCGGGGCUCUCUGGACUUUCACUAUAUUCAAAUCGAGGGAGCCAUGAUCCCAGGCCGGCCGGAGCGCCGCGGGGGGGAGCGCAGCAGCCGUCCGGUCUCUCCCUCUCAUCGCGUCUUCAGCUCCACGGGGCGUCGCUGAUGAAACGGGAACAAUGCGGCUCACCGCGCGCCCUGCGGGUUGAAGUGUCCCGGUUUAGUUCUUAUGGGAUUCCGCGCUCGGCAGAGGGAGUGUGAUUGUGUGUGUGUCAGUGUGUCAGUGUUUGUCAGUGUGUGAGUGUGUGAGUACUGCUCUCAGUGGAGAAUGCCUGAAGCCCGAGUGAAGCUCGUUGUGACCGGGGACGACUUCGGCUACUGCGCGAGGCGGAACCGCGGCAUUGUGGAGGUGUUCCGGGCGGGCGGUCUAUCCGCCGUGUCGCUGCUGGUCAACGGCGCCGGGGCGAAGGACGCGGCCGAGCUGGCCAAACGGUAUGCCAUCCCGAUCGGUCUCCAUGCCAACCUGUCUGAGGGCGUGCCCGUGUGCGCGGCGCUGCGUGGCUCCGCCUCCCUGCUGGAUGGGAGGGGCCUCCUGAGGGGAAAGGCGGGCUUCAGGGAGGCUCUGAGGGCGGGGCUUCUGCUCAUGGAGGAGGUGGAGCUGGAGCUGAGGUCUCAGGUGCUGUUGUUCGCAGAGCUGUUGGGUCACCUCCCCGGUCACAUGGACGGGCACCAGCAUGUUCACGUACUGCCUGGUGUGCGGGAGGUGUUUGCCCGGGUGCUGGCAGACUUCGGGGUGCUCUACACCCGUGUUCCGGUAGAGCGGGGUUGGAGGAGCUGCCCCUGGCUGCCCCCCCACCUCCACCUCUUCUACGCCCAGGUGGAGCAGGACGCGCUGGAGGCAGCCCCUGUCUUCUCCCGCCACGGCAUCAGGUGGCCUGACGUCUACCUGGGCCUGACCACCAUGGGCCAGAACAUGUCCAUCUCCAACGUGAGGAGAGCUCUGCGCCUGGCCUUGGAGCCCCCCCCCUGCUCCCCCUGCCCCGCGCCCCGCGUCCUGACUGCCGAGCUGAUGGCCCACCCGGGGUACCCCAGCUGGCCAGCCGAGGGGGGGUGCGGUGCGGGGCCGGACGAGUUCUCCCGCUCGGCGGACCGUCGGCGGGAGAUGGAGACCCUCUCAGACCCCGCGCUGCUGGAGCUCUACGCCCAGGAGGGGGUCCAGCUCUGUGCCUUCAAGGACCUCUGAGGACCCCUUCCCGAGGCCCAAGGGAGCUGCACCCGGCUGCUACACCCCCUCCUGAGCUCCACCUAAAGCCGUCGGAACUCCACCUAAAGCCGUCUGAACUCCUCCUAAAGCCAUCUGAACUCCACCUAAAGCCAUCUGAACUCCACCUGAACUCCACCCUAAGCCAUAGAGAAACAGAGGUACUCAGGUCUCCGCCAUGACCCUGUCCUCAGUCAGCUAGAGGCCACCACCAGGUGGGCGUGUUCAGUAGCUAGCGUCACCAGGUGGGCGUGUUCAGUAGCUAGCAUCACCAGGUGGGCGUGUUCAGUAGCUAGCGUCACCAGGUGGGCGUGUUCAGUAGCUAGCGUCACCAGGUGGGCGUGUUCAGUAGCUAGCGUCACCAGGUGGGGGUGUUCAGUAGCUCUCGCUAGACUGUUGUAGGGUGCUAAGCACACAGACAGAACACCCUCUCAGGUGUUGUGCCGUGUUCGUGUUUAAGUAUGACUUAUGAAUAUUAUUUACAACCAUUUUAGAACUCAUCACGCUCAGUGACUACUGUGAAAAUAGAAACUGUAAUUAUGAAGGACGUUCACACAAAGAGCUUCAGGCUCUCAUGUACCUAAACAGGUUUUUACUCUUCCUGACGGAAGGCUGUCGGGCUCUGUUCCUCAUAGUCUGUGUAACACUACUGCCAGCCUGGGAUCACCCUCUUGACCUCCCGUGAGGCUGGGGAACCAGAAGACUCCCUGGUUUACAUUCCACUACCUUCAGGUCUGCUAACAGACAAUGCAAUGCUCACUACUGCCACAUUAAUAUUAUUAAUAAUUACUGUAUAAUAAUGCCUUUAAUUGUUCCAGUGAUAUUGAAUAUGUCUAGCACAUGCAUCCCUUGGUUGUGGACUCAGUAAGUUAAGUGUGUAGAGCCAAAGUAAUUCCUGUAACACGCCGUACAAUGCAAACAGGGGAUUAAAGUUCAUACAAUACA